ACUACGCCUUUACGCAGUCUGGUCCUCUCUUUACUGAGCGAGGCUCAGAACACAGCAGACGACAAAACAGAAAAGGAUUCCCUGUUGUGGUUUAGGGAAGAAAAAAAAGAGGGGGAAAGAAAGAAAAUAAAACGUUGUUUGCCUUUGCUACCAGCAGCAGAAAGAUAACUUCAAAACGUAUAGGCUACCUACCUACCGUCAAGGAACUGCCUGCAUCCGAUAAGGGAUCUAGUCCACAUAUGAGGAGAGGGAGGGGGUGUGGAGAAAAGUCGAGAGAGAGAGAGACAGAGUGUGUGUGUGUGUGAGAGAGAGAGAGAGAGCACUGAGGGAGGGAAAAAGGUCAGGACACAGGGGGCAUUUCGCACUGUGAGAAAUAAGGAUAGUAUCAGAAGGUUGCAGAAGUAACGGAAUAGGCAGAGAUAAAAAGGUGUGAUGAAAUAAACGUCUGCCUCACAACUUCUUCACAAAGUCAAUUGAAAGGAGUACCUUGUGAAUUGAAUUGGGCGCAUUUUCCCAAGAAAAUUAUUUGGAUACUUAGGACACUGUUGGUUUUGCUGAAGCCGAGACAGUAGGCUGGAGGCUUCACUUUGGAUCGUGCGUAAUUUUCAUUGAGAGCCACCAUCAGGAUGCGCGUCUGCCUGCUUUUGGUCCUUCUCUGCCUCCUUUGCGCCGGGCACGCUCAGAAGUUCUCCGCUCUCACGUUUCUGCGGGUGGAGCAGGAUAAGGAGUGUAACAUGGAGUGUACUGGUGGUCCCAGGAAGCCCCUGUGCGCGUCGGACGGCAGGACCUUCUCAUCGCGCUGCGAGUUCCUCCGUGCCAAGUGCCGAGACCCCCAGCUGGAGGUCAUCCGAGGGCCAUGCAAAGAUACAUCCAGAUGUGUGGCAGAGAAGAAGUACACGGAACAGCAGGCCAAGAAGCUCUUCCCUCAGGUGUUUGUACCUGUCUGCAACCCAGACGGAACGUACAGUGAGGUGCAGUGUCAUAGUUACACAGGCUACUGUUGGUGUGUCACGCCCAAUGGCCGUCCUAUCAGUGGCUCAGCCGUGGCCAAUAAGAAGCCCCGAUGCCAAGGGUCAAAACAUGAGAGAGCUAGCACAAGAGAACCUGGAAAAGCAGUUUCCUUGCAAAUCUUUUCCAUUCUAAACGCAGAUGAGUCAGCCGGCCUAGUGGGGGAGCCGAAUUCCCCGACAGACGAGGAAGACAUCAUUUCUCAGUACCCCACCCUCUGGACAGAGCAGGUCCGCAGCCGGCAGAACAACAGGACCAGAACACAAUCCUCGUCAUGUGACCAGGAGCAGCAGUCGGCCCAGGAGGAAGCGCGGCAGCACAAGAACGAGGCGGUGUUCGUGCCAGACUGUGCCCAAGGGGGACUCUACAAGCCUGUCCAGUGUCACCCGUCCACCGGAUACUGCUGGUGCGUGCUGGUGGACACAGGGCGGCCCAUUCCUGGCACCUCCACCAGUGUACGUCCUGAAGCUUCCAAGUGUACAGAUGCAACUACAUACCAACGCACAUGCAGAUAUGAGCAACCAAAGUGUGAUGGCAACGCCAGAGCCCAUCCCACCAAACCGAAGGACCAUUACAGAAGCAGACAUCUUCAAGGGUGUCCCGGGGCAAAGAAAACUGAAUUUCUGACGAGUGUUCUCGACGCGCUGUCAACAGACAUGGUGCAUGCUGUCACAGAUCCAGCGUCUGCCGGCAGGAUGUUGGAGCCCGACCCAAGUCACACACUAGAGGAGAGAGUGGUCCACUGGUACUUUAGUCAGCUAGAUAAAAACUCCAGCAGCGACAUCGGCAAGAAGGAGAUCAAGCCUUUCAAACGUUUCCUGCGCAAGAAGUCCAAGCCCAAGAAGUGUGUGAAGAAGUUUGUGGAGUACUGUGACAUCAGCAAUGACAAGGCUCUGUCCCUGCAGGAGCUGAUGGGAUGCCUGGGCGUCACCAAGGAAGAAGGGACCAAACCAGGUGAAGGUACAUCCUCCAGUAAACUGAAUCCCUCAAAGAAGCAAGGCUAAGUCAACAACCGAGAUUUCCCCUCCCCCUUUGGAGCUUCUGCCAAUCGGCAAUGGAAACCAUAGUAUUUGCACUUUGUACUUUAAGAAAUGUAAAUUCCCUUUGUAGAAAUUAGGUAUUUAAACAGACUGCUGAAUCUGUGAAUGACGUAGUUUUUUUUUAAAAUGUCUUUACAAAAAAAAUAUUUAACACAUACAGUGUAUGUGUCUUUUGUGUCUAAAGAAAGUAUACUUUUCGGAGUUGUACAAGUUUUGUGAUGUUGCAUUUUGUGUCCGCUUUGAAUUGUUACGUUUUACUGUUGUUGAUGUUGACGCAGAUGUAUGUAUAGUUUGUAACAUGGCUAAAACAAUAAUUUAGGCCCCUCCUCAUUUUUUAUAUACUUACUGACCUAGCAGCCCUUCCUGAGCUCUGUACAGCAGUUUGUAUUAUUAAACAUGGAUCAUCACACAAUUAAUUUUGUUCAAAAUGUAUACAUGUUUAUUAGAAAUAAAAAACUUUUUUAUGACCCAUUUGGGUCCCGCUUUAACAUGCUGCUUAUAAAGGCUUCAUAAAGGGCGGCAGGCAGCCUAGUGGUUUAGAGCGUUGGGCCAGUAACCGAAAGACUGCUAGAUCGAAUCCCGAGCUGACAAGGAAAAAAUCUGUCGUUCUGCCCCUGAACAAGGCAGUUAACCCACUGUUCCUAGGCCGUCAUUGUAAAUAACAAUUUGUUCUUAACUGACUUGCCUGGUUAAAUAAAGCCUCCAUAUAGUGUUCAUAAACACUACAAGUGUCAUUUAUAACCGUAUGUCAUGCUUUAUAAAGUGUUUAUACAUGUGGCAUAACUGUGUGACAUAACUACCAAUGUCUAAUGUGACAUAACCCACUAUGUCUAAUGUGACCCGAUUCAGAAAACUAGGUGUAUGUCAGAAGUCACGACUUCACAGGAGAACCGUUUGAACCUAAAAAAUGUUUUUUGAUCAAAAUGCGUUUUUUGACAGAAAUGCCUUCUCAAACAUGUGAACUUUCAUGUGCCUUUAUAACAAACUUGUAUGCCAUCUGUAAAUACAAAUACAUUUUCUAAAUAUCCAGCCUUGUUGAUUAAGCCACAGAAAAAGCCAGCAAACUUCCCACUAGCCAUGAUUGGCUGAGAUAAUGAGUGAGCUGGACAUGCCGAGAGAGGAGUUUGAAUUGAUCUGCCAUAUAGAAGGCUUCUGUCUAUUUGAGCUGGUCAGUCUGUGUUGGUAAUCCUAUCGAACGCUGUUUAAAAAAAAUGUAUUGUCUAGUGGAGCUGCAUGGCUAAGUGUUGCUCUCCACUCUCUGGAUUGGAAAUUAGUGGAAUUAGAGUAUGAUAGCUAAAUAGAUGGAGAAAGCACCUGUCUCCGGAUUACAUCUUCAAACUAAGGGCAACUGUGGCAUGGCAUCCAUGACAGGGCGAUGCGUCCAUCAUGCAUGGUGAUGUAUACAGGUAAGAUUGUCUAGAAUUAGCUAGCUACAUUUUCAGAUAUUACACAUCUCUAAUUUUGAUAGAACGUCGUUUCAAUUCAAGGUCAAGUGUACUGUUAGCUAGCUAGCUAACGUUAGCUGGCUGGCUUCCUAGCUGGCGUUAUUAUUUGUAUCCCACAGCUGUUUGCUUCACUAUUUCGAGGCUAAUGUUAGCUAGCUAACAUUGGACAUGGAUAGUUACCUCGUAGCAUAGUCAUGCAGGGUAGUAUCUACAUGAUUUGGCACUAUGUGCAUAGUUGUUUAACUAGCUAACAGUAGCUGGCUGGCUCGUUAGCUAACGAUACGUGAUGUGUGUGAUCUUACACAUUGUUUACCAAGCUAGGUUCAUUGUUUACCUAGCUAGCUGUAUGUCUUAAGCUAAAGUGAACAUCACGCGUUGACUAUGGCCAGUGUCAGUAAAUGUCUGCAAAGAAGCGUCAUGAAAUUGUUGCCAGCAGAGCUGGUUAGGCUGUUUUCGUGUUAUCCAGAGGUAAACAAAUCAUCGACCAGAGCAUCAAGUGUGCGCUCUGAACGCUCCGAGGGCGAAACAAGAUGGGUAGGGCUAAAGCUCAAGAGGGUGUGAAUGAUGCUGAAUGUACGUAGACAAAGAAGAGCUCUUCACUAGAUACCAAAACAUUUAAAGGCUGUUUUCUCAAAAGUGAGUUUACAAGUUUAUCAACUUUCAAAACAGAAUUACUCUCCCAUUGUUCCUCAACAAUGCAGUGUGAUAUACACUUUUGUAGCUCUGAGUCUCUACUUUUAUUCAAUGCAAAAAACACAAUUUAAAAUGUUGCUACAUAAGACCGAAUCCAGGUGGUGAGUCACAAAUAUGACAUAAACCUGUGCUUUAUAAAGGAUGGCGUAAGCACUGCUUAAUAAAGGCCUUAUACAUCAUAUUAAAUUGAGGCAUCACAAAGCAUUUUUAACCCUGUCAUGUAUCUUGGUAGAGUAUUGCAACCCCAGGAUAUUGGGUUCGAUUCCCGGGACCACCCAUAUGUAAAACUGUAUUCACGCAUGACUGUAAGUUGCAUUGGAUAAAAGUGUCUGGCAAAUUGUAUAUAUUAUAUUAUAUUUCACUAAAACAUUUCUAGGAUGUUAGAGCCCCAUGAAACGACAUCAUAUACAAUAUACAUUCUACAGACCAUACUGAGUAUUCCCUACAAUACUUUUACUGCGGUACCUAGAAUAAGUAUUGCUCUAAGCUAACAUGUAUUACAUAUACAGUGAUUCGCAUUGGGGGCAUUUAUUUGACCUUGGAACAUGUUUUCAAACCCACAUUUAUACAAAUGUCACUUAAACAUCAAGAAAUAUGAAUCAUUGUUAUUAUUUAGACAAUUAUUUGUGUUAUAUCAUGAUUGGUUAUUGACACUUUUCUACUAUUACGUGGGGGACUUUUAUUUUUAAAAAUGUUAGAAAUGAAGUGACCCUAAAGUUAUUUUAUUGUGUUGCUGACGAGACGCUGAUCAUGUGAUGAGUUUGCAAAUCAAAGGCACACUUAUGCUGCCACUGGACAGCGAAAAACAAGUAAGUUAACCUUUAUUUAUUGUCAUUUAAAUUAGUUUGUAGAAGUUAAGGGAUGAGUUAGAUUACAUACCGUAGCUACCUCAAUCGUUAUUUCAAAUAAUUUUGCUAGCUAGCAGGCUCAUGAUAUGGAACCCAAACCGGCUGUGCGCGUGCGCCAUCGUGCGCUACCGUGCAUACAUUUAUUUUGCUUUCCCACACCAAACGCGAUCAUGACACGCAGGUUAAAAUAUCAAAACAAACUCGGAGCCAAUGACAUUAAUUUGGGGACAGGUCGAAAAGCAUUAAACAUGUAUGGCAGUUCAGCUAGCUAGCUUUCACUUGCUAGCAAACAUUAAUUUGUCCUCUUUAGCUAGCUUGCUGUUGCGAGCUAAUUUGUCCUGGAAUAUAAACAUUGAGUUGUUUUACCUGAAAUGCACAAGGACCUCUACUCCAACAAUUAAUCCACACAUAAAACGGCCAACCGAAUCGUUUCUAGUCAUCUCUCCUCCUUCCAGGCUUUUUCAUCUUUGAACUUAUAUGAUGAUCGCAUCUAAACUUUCAUUGUAUUACCACAACAACCGGCAACAAAGUUCGUCUUUCAAUCACCCACGUGGGUAUAACCAAUGAGGAGAUGGCACGUGGGUACCUGCUUCUAUAAACCAAUGAGGAGAUGACUUUCAGCGCGAUCUGCGUCAGAAAUAGGAACGACUUCGAUUUUAGCCCUUGGCGUCGCAGACACUCGUUGGCGCGCGAGAAGUGUAUAUGCAAUAAUUGAAUAACAUGGAUUCCUAAAUUUAUUUUGCGACGGUCGCGCACGCGACGUGUCCGGACUGGUCAGCAUGUGAGAUUUGUAAAUUAAAGAGGAACAUAACGAUAUGAAUUGAAUGGAGUUUACCAUCUUCCCAUUUAGAAUAUCUGGCGCAGCAUAGAAAUGCCCUUAUCCAGAUGGUGUGACAAAGGCAUUUCCUAACAGACCUGAUAACUUUCUCUGUUGUUACUUUUAAGGUUGGCACCAACAUGCAGUAAUUCCAGCAUUAGGAGAGACCAUUUCCUCUGCCAGUUUAGGGACAAGCUCCUGUUCAAUGUAAUUGCAUUUCUGGACUUUUUGAAUCUUCAUGUAUUCAUAUUAGUGAUAAUUCCCUAAGUGUUAAUACAUUUGUGUUUAUAUCAUUAAGUAUGUGUUAUAAAUGACCAAAUGUGCCUGAUUUUAUAGCAAGGCAUUUAUGUAUGUGUUAAGAAUGAACAAAGGGGUCUGACUUUAAAUGAAGUACGGAGUCAUGCGAUAUUGUCUUUAUGGAUGUGUUAUGAGCGACUGAAGGUUUCUCACUUCGAGCUAAGUAUUACAGAACACUACAUAGUGUCAAUAAAUAGGUCAUUAAUGUUCUGCUGAUUUAGGAAGGUUCUCUCAUCAUCCACAGAUUACUAUAGGGUGAGAGGUAUUUAAAUGGAUUAACGGACCUGCAAAGCUUUCGUUUGUGUGUGUGUGUGUGUCAUAACCAAGAUGAUUUGGAGUAGUCCAACCUGAGACUUCCGCACCAGGUAUUCCUCUUCUGUUCCCAUGCUGGAGACAAGUGCGUGAUUACAACCUGUUACAAUGGUGCCAACAUUUUGUGGCUGAUCUUUCAGUGAGGGGAGUGGGUGAAUGUGUCAGACCUGACUGGGCACAGCACUGCCUGGUAUGGUUCAUUUUUGUUGUGUGCGUUUUUAUGUACUGAGGAACAUGUAACUUGGUUCCAAAAGACAGACACUUAACAUUUCUUUAGGUUGGAGGCUUUCAUCAAGUUAAGUGGUUCUUGGUGUAAAGUCAUCCCCAGGCAAUUGCACACACAGCACAUAUAAGCCUGGGAUAUUAACCAUUCAAAGUGGGCCUUAGUGGGAGUGCCCAUAGAAUUCUAUAGGAGUAACCUUACUGAGUAAAGUAUUUGUCAUCGUCACUACUUAAAACAGUCAAAAAGUAAUAAUUCUGGCUAAACCCUGCCCAUUUCCACAAUUUAUCUUAAAAUUUGAUUUUAAACCUAGGUGUAAUGUGACUAACAUUCCACCACUUUAAAGUGUAUGCCAUCCAUCAGCACAACAUGUCACCCUUUAUGAAGCACAUGUUUAUAUCAUAUUUAACGUAGUGGGUUAUGUCACUUUUGACAUUGGUUAUGUCACACAGUUAUGCCACAUUUAUGAACCCUUUAUAAAGCAUGACUUACGGUUUUAUAGAUGCUUUAACACAUUUAUGUAGUGCUUAUGAAGGCUUUAUGAGGCCUUCAUAAGCUGAAUGUCAUUUAAGCGGCAUCCAUAUUUGCAUUGCAUGUGUCUAUCAGUCAUACAAGGGUACGAUUAAGUAGUAAGGCCAGAGGAGGUGUGGUAUAUAGCCAAUAUACCAUGGCUAAGGGCUAUUCUUAGCACGACGCAACCCGGAGUGCCUGGACACAGCCCUUAGCCGUGGUAUAUUGGCCAUAUACCGCAAAUCCCCGAGGUGCCUUAUUGCUAUUAUAAACUGGUUACCAAUGUAAUUAGAGCAAUAAAAAAAAAUGUUUUGUCGUACGCAUUGUAUACGGUCUGAUAUACCAUGGCUGUCAGCCAAUUAGCAUUCAGGGCUUGAAUCACCCAGUUUAUAAUGGGAAAUAUUGCAUGAUCUAACAACUAUUACUACAACUACCUGUUUUCCUAUGUAUUCCACUUACUUCUCCUCGUAUUUACCUCUUCUGUCUUUGAACUCCGUAAUAUUUUUUCUGUUUUGUAUUUUUGAUAACACUUUCUAUGAUGACCAUACGUAUAACGCUUUAAAACAUGCUUUAUGAUGUGUUAUGACAAUGAUUUUAAGCAUCCAUAAUGACUCAUAGGCGGUUAUCAAACUGGAUAUGAUGUUUUAUAGAUCAUGAACUACAGUAAAAUGACUUAAAAGACUAAUGUAUUAUAGCCAUACUGGUUUGAAAACACAGACAAUGUAGUGAUUACACACAUUAGGCCCCAUGAUACACUAAAACAAAAACUCUUAAUGUAGUAUAAAGCUUUCUAAUCACCAUAAUUGUGUUUUUGUUUGCUUUGAGUAAAGUGAUUCCCUUUAAUUAUAAAAUACUAUAAAACACU